CAGUUUCCUCUUAGCGCUCGGCGGCAGUGGUAUUGCGGUAUUCGCGCGCUGUGACUUUAAGUAGAGCAUUUGCAGUUGAAGUAGAAAUAAUAGAUAACGGCGUGUAUUUUUGCAACUCUUAGUGUGUGUGACUGUGUGUUUGUUGUAAUCUGAUUAGUAAUCAUUCGCAUUAGGAAAUCUUAUUGAGCAUGGCUUGUCCGUACGCUGGAAAUGGUUCAUUACACGAUGACACCGCGACUCCCCUGGGUUCCGAGAUAGGCAUGAUCUAUGGCGAGUAUCUGAUGUUGGACAAGGUUCUGAGUGCGCAGCGCAUGCUCUCUGUGGUGGAUAAUCGGCCCGUACACGAUGAGCAUCUCUUCAUCGUCACACAUCAAGCAUAUGAGCUAUGGUUCAAGCAGAUAAUUUUUGAACUCGACUCCAUACGCGAAAUGUUGAACAUAGAAGAUCUUGAGGAAUCCAAGACAUUGGAAAUUUUAAAACGUCUCAAUCGUAUAGUGCUCAUACUUAAGCUACUCGUCGAUCAAGUGCCAAUAUUGGAGACCAUGACCCCACUGGACUUCAUGGAUUUUCGCACAUAUCUCGCGCCGGCAUCCGGUUUUCAGAGUUUACAAUUUCGUCUGAUUGAAAAUAAGUUGGGCGUCAAGACCGAUCAACGUGUCAAAUACAAUCAAAAAUACUCGGAAGCGUUCGGCACUGAAUCGGCCGCCAUGGAAGCUAUACAGAAAUCCGAAAAUGAGCCGUCCAUGUUGGAUUUAAUACAGAAGUGGCUCGAACGUACACCGGGACUUGAGACGGACGGCUUCAACUUCUGGGCGAAAUUUCAAGCGAGCGUGGAUAAAUUUUUGGCAGAGCAAGUGCAUACCGCCAUGCAAGAGCCCGUCGAAGCGGCGCGCAACUACCAUCUGAUGGACAUUGAGAAGCGACGCGAGGUCUAUCGCAGCAUCUUUGAUCGUGACGUGCACGAGGCGUUGGUGUCGCGUGGCGAUCGCCGCUUCAGCUACAAGGCUCUGCAGGGCGCCAUCAUGAUCACCUUCUACCGCGACGAGCCGCGUUUCAGCCAACCGCAUCAGAUGCUGACGCUGUUGAUGGACAUCGAUUCGCUAAUAACGAAGUGGCGCUACAAUCACGUGAUCAUGGUGCAACGCAUGAUCGGUUCACAGCAGCUGGGCACUGGCGGCUCUUCGGGCUAUCAGUACUUGCGCUCCACACUCAGUGAUCGUUACAAGGUGUUCUUGGAUUUGUUCAAUUUGUCAACGUUUCUUAUUCCACGCGAUGCCAUUCCACCGCUCGAUGUCUCAAUGCGCAAGGAGUUGAUUAAUUGACACGAAUUUGCUUUUCUUUUAUUUUUUUGCUGGUUUUUAGGUUAUGUUCAUAGUAUAAAAAACUAA